AUGGCCGGCGGGAAGCUCAAGAAACGCGCGGACGAGAACGCGACGCGCGUGAAGCUCCUUCACCGCGCGCUCCUCGGCUCGACGCUCCUCUUCGUCCUCCUGCGCCUCGUCCUCCGCCGCGCGACCGCGCAUCUUCUAAUCUACGCCCUCUUCGCGGUCACCUCCGCCGCGGCGUGGUUCUGCUACCGAUCCCUCGCGCACAUCGCUGCGCCGACGUACGACCGCGACGGCGUCCUCGUCGACGCGGGCGCGGACUUGUCCCUCGGAGGGACGACGUCGUACUACCACGACGUGAUAUACGUCGCGGUGUUCCUGUUCGUCUCGACCGCGCUCGUCAGCGAUUGGCUCUGGCUCGUCGCGCUCGUCGUGCCGGCGUACGCGACGUACGCGCUCUGGGCGUGGGUGAUCUUGCCGUGGAUCUUCACGCCGACCGCGGACGAGGAGGAGGCGAACCGAAGGAUGAGGGAGAGCAAGGAGGAGAGGAAGGCGCGGGAGAGGGCGGAGCGACGCGCGGAGAAUCGGAGGCGCGGGAGACGAAUGUGA